CUCUCACGGGUGUUCAGAAUUAAGAUGAUUAGGAUCAAUUGGUCCAUAAAUAUUUCUAGUUUGUAGGCACUCCUAGAUCAUUCAGUCAUGUCUCUCCUGUGGCAAUGUGCAAUUGUUUUGGCUGUCGUCGUAGCAGCAGCAAGCGCUGCCAAUGAAGAUUUUAAUGUGGAUUGUGAGAAACACUCCAUUAAAGUGACAUGGAAGGUCAGUCCAGAGUUGGUUGAACAUGCUGCCCGUCUUUUCCUUGGACACUGUGUUCCGUCCACAUUUUCUGUUCUUCCCACGGGAGAAGGGAUGGCGACAUUCCACUACAACCUCAAUGGCUGUGCCAUCAAGAAACGGGUGACUGGCAAAAAACACAUCUAUUCAACCAGCCUGACUUACAGACCUAACCAAAAGCCCAAACCUGCUGCUAUUAGUCACCAUAUUAAGUGUGUUUACAUAAGACCUGAGGGAUGGAUUCCCCCAUUCCUUAUCCCUGCCUAUGGUAGUGCUGAGGGUCAUGGAGGAUUGGUUUUCCACAUGGCACUCCUCAAUGAAGACCUUACUGGUCUGGCUAAGAGCAGCCUGUUUCCCCUGGGCUCUUUCAUCCCCAUCUGGGCAGCAGUGGAUCAGAAGGACCAUCAGCCCUUGCUGCUGCUCUUGGAGGAGUGUGUGGCGGCCACAACACCAGAACUGCAGUCUGCGAGCCCGGUGUACCCCAUCAUCACCAACAAGGGUUGCCUUGCAGAUGGGAAGACUGGGAACUCCAGGUUCCUGCCUAGGUACCACUCGUCUGCUAUUCUGCUUUACCUGCAGUCCUUCAAGUUUGCCUUAGGCGAGGAAGUGUAUAUUCAUUGUAAGCUUGUUGCAUGGGACCCUGAGGUUUUUGAUGUCGAAAAGAAGGCCUGCCACUAUAUUAAAGAGACUGGACGAUGGGAGCUGCUGGACGACCCGUCUCAAAGUGACCUCUGCAAGUGCUGUGACUCGAGUUGCAAGCCUCGGUUGAAGAGGGGCGUGGAUUCAGAACCCCAGGGCCUGGUUCAAAACUCUGUUCUUGGACCGCUCACAAUAGUGGAAAACUCUGAAACCCGGAUCCCCAGUGAAUUUGUAAAAUAUCCUACUGUAGAACAAGUUGACUGGUUGGUGUAAUGGUCUGGAACACUUUGCUUGUCAGGGAUGGCUGUCUUUUCUGUCUCUACAGCCAUCUAUUUGUAGGUGGCCUGAAGAAGGGUGCAUCACGUUCCACUAUCCCCAGUAUGGAUAUGAAGUCCUUUGACUUGAGCAUGUUUCAAUAAAAUGAGUACUUUACAA